AUGCCGUCCCCGAAAAGGAACUACGAACGCGCCAACGAACGCCCUCGUGAUUCCAGUCGGGAACGUAGCGAACAGCGGGGACAAACUGGCAAUCGUAGAAACGGUGGCCGAGGUAACCGCUCACGAAAUGGCAGAGGUAGAAGAGGUUGGGGCGGACGUAACUGGAGCAACAAUAAUCGCGGAAACUGGUCAGGGAGUUAUAACGAUCGCUAUAACGACUGGUAUGACGAUCGACGAGGAUAUUCCCAAAACGAUGAUUACUACGACGAAGGCUACGACGAUAGCUACUCCAACGGAAAUAGCUUUAAUAGUGGAUCCGGCUAUGGGGAUGACUAUCGUGUCUAUAGGGGCAGAGCUAACACGCGCCAAUUCAAUCGUGGCCCGAGAAGGGGCUAUCGUGGUGGUGGUCGUGGAAGAGGCCGCGGCAGAUCGAAUAGGAAUCAGCGUGAUGAAAACAAUGAACGGUCCUCGAAUCAUAGAAAUAACCAAGGCAAUGCCAGAAACGCCACUAGAAAUGAUAAUGACACCCCUAGUAAGAAAAGAGCAAGAGAUGAAGAGAAUCUGCCUCAAGAAGGCAGGCAGCUGCCUGCCGAUCCGACAUCUCAAUCAAAUAAAAAAGCCAAGAAAGACUCUGUUCCGCGACCGAAGAACGCCAAAUUCGUUGAUUUAUCGGACGAGUUCAAGAAAAUUGAAGCAGAAAAAUCACCUGAAAAAUGGGACAAAUAUCAAGAUGAUGGCCCACUAACUUCUCUGGAGGCAGUCCUUCAUGAAGACUCGCAGGAUAAGUUUGAACCUGAUGAUCUCACUCCAGACGAAACUCCACUUAUCAUGCACGAGGUCAAACCAACGCUGGAAAAGAAAAAUCCGAAUACAGAAUACCUCACACAAUCCAGAAAAGAUUUGGAUAAAAACCCAACCAGUAAAUCGAUCAUAUAUGAGAAGCUCAAAUUAAGAGAACCCUCGUCUGAUCUUGAUGAUUGCUGGUGGAGAGCGAUGGUGGACUUUCGGGAAGGGCUAGCGGCAUCCACAAGACCUCUGGUCAUGGACUUGGAUCAUUAUCCGGAAAGAUGGAGGUCUGUCGAAUACGCUGGACACAUUCUGUUAAACGCUACUGGGAAAGUCCUGAUCGAUAUAUUCACAAAGUGCAACAUUCGACCGGCCGAUAUCCGCGACGCCAUCGUUAAUGACAAGCAAGGGAGAACUACCACGAUGCAUGGAUUCCGCUACACAGAUGAAACUAGAAAUUUCACGGUCAAAGGCAUCGUAUUUAAAACCUUCAGAGCCUUCGCCAUCUUCGUCCACUUUGGCGGCAACGCCAUGGCCGCAUCCGAGCCUCUGAAAUACGCAUAUAAACUCCCAUUCAUGGCUACAUGCUGGACACAAAAAGAAGAGGAUGGAGAGUUCGUUCAUGAAUGCAAUCUCACGCACUCCGGAGACUUCUACGAUGUUGUCAGGAAGCUUGUCAGCCGCGGCUGGGAGUUUCAGAGAGGCAAAUACCUAAAGCUGCUUACAUUUCACCAGAACUCUUCUGUUCUUGGAGUGAUUCCGUUUAAACGUAUCUUUGACUUCGCAAUCAAGAAGAUGAAAUUCGGAAGAGUAGACGCCGGCUUGGAAAGGCAACGAAUGGGCUCCAAUUUCACCUAUCAAUUCGUCCCAAUAAGCUCUGAGCAAAGACGAGUGAUAGGAAAGGGCAUCAUUCACCCAAUGCUACAAACACUGACUGAGGCGGCUGAAGCUGUUGGUUUUCAGUGCUCCUUGAACCCACUAUACUCUAUUGCCACAGACAAGCUUAUACAAAAGUUAAUAAAGGAGCAGAAUAAGCACGCAGACAGAUGUGGACCGUCGAUGACAGCUUCGGCGCUUGAAGGCUUCGGUGGUGACAAGGAGAAGCUCGCGAAGGCUAAAAUGGUCACAAACGCAGUUUCGGUGGCAUGUGAAAUGCCAAAAUUUCAAUCUGCAAUUGACACGACAAUAGGGAAAUGCAGGCGCUUCGUCAACCUGGACACAACUGUUCAAGAUAUGAAAAAUAAUCAGGAGGUUCACGAGGUCGAAAUUGCGAACCUGGCGGAGCAGCAAAAAAGCCAACACGUGAAUCAAACUGCUUUCAACAUCGGGAUCUUAUCCCAACUCGGCGAUAUUAAAACUUGGGUUUGGGAGAAUCUGAGCCAAGCUCAACGAGAAAAGUAUUCCAAACAUUCUGGAGUCCACGACUCGAAUGGAGUGUACAAAGCUUUGGAGCAGGCAGCUACCUACGGAUCUCAAGAAUCAACGAUGACAAAAGUAGCCAGGCUCGGAGGCUGCGAAACAGACCCAAAUACAAUUGACAGAAUUGAGGUAAAUGGAAAAGCGCACAAGAUUGGUUCCAUUUUUGCUCGAGAUAUGGGUGAAAGCCGCUCACAAAUUCAAGACUCGAUUUUGGGGCUUCUACCAGAUGACAAGCGCCGCAAACGAAACCCAUCUAACUCCCAGAACGAAAAGCAGAUGAUGGAACUUUCAAUCCACGAAACUUUCGGACAUGACAUCGAAAUGGCCGGUGAAAAUACUCUGCUGACUGGCGAAAUGAAAAGCUCAUCGGAACAAAAGAAAAGGAACUCUUAA